AUACAAGAAACGAGAAAAACAGGUUGGUCACGCCUAGGCAACCCAGCAGUAUUUGCAUAGAAUGUUAGAAGAAGCAUAGUAGAGAAGAGAAAAGAAGAGAAGAGAAUCAUCCAAAUUGAAUUAAUUAUUAUUAAAUUAAAGAUGAACGAAGACGGUGUAACCUCUGCGAAUCCCAAACCACCCUCUGCUUCUUCUCCUCCAACUCCUGCUGCUAGCUCUGCCGGAGCGUCGUCGCCGGCGUGCGACGCCACCGGAGAAGGUGGACGGCGUGAUAAAUCAAGCGCGGAUUCGUAUAUGGUCACCGGUUCGGCAUUGCGAGGUGUUUCCAAUCCUUCAUGUAGACCUUGGGAACGUUGCGAUUUGCUACGCCGUCUUUCCACGUUCAAGCUCGCCGGGAAAUUGCCGAAGGUUGCUGGCUCAUUGGCUUGUGCAAAGAGAGGGUGGGUGAAUGUUGAUGUUACUAAGAUUGAGUGUGAGUUAUGUGGUGCUCAGUUAGAUUUUGCAUUGCCCUCAGCUUCUUCUGUUGAAGCUGAUGCUUCCAGUGAAGAACUUUCUAAACAGCUUGAUAGCAAGCACAAAAUCAACUGUCCUUGGAGAGGUAAUAGCUGUCCAGAAAGCUUGGUGCAGUUCCCUUCUACUUCACCUUCAGCUCUUAUUGGAGGUUUUAAGGACCGGAGUGAUGGACUUUUGCAGUUCUACUCUCUUCCCAUUAUAUCUUCGUCUGCAGUUGAGAAGAUGCGGGUUACCCAUGGCCAUCAAAUUGAUAGUUUUAUUGCUCACCUGCAAAUUCAGACAGCUGGAGAAUUGGACUUCAGAGCAGAAACCAGUUUUACUGGAGAACAGGCUCCUCAUUCAUACUCUUAUGCUCAGAAGCUUAUAAGUCUCUGUGGAUGGGAGCCACGGUGGCUUCCUAAUGUGCUUGACUGUGAAGAACAUUCGGCUGAAUCUGCUAAAAAUGGUUACAACUCUGAUCUAGCCAAAGGCUCUGCACCAGAUCCUGCUCCAAGCAAGAAGGAGUUUUCAACUUCGUCCAGGAAAGAUACUGGGGAUAAUGAUGUACUGGGUUCAGAAUUUAAUUGUGAAUCUAGAUCACCUUUAUUAGAUUGUAGCUUAUGUGGAGCCACAGUCAGAGUAUGGGAUUUCUUGACUGUCCCUCGUCCAGUUCAUUUGGCUCCCUGUGGGACUGAUACCCCUCAGACGAGCAAGAAAAUAGCAUCAACACGGGGAAUAAGUGCAGCUAGUGCUGCUGCUGACGGUGUUGAGAAAGAGAGGACUGGAGACCGCGAUGAGGCGACAACAUCUGAUAGAAGACAAUUGGUAUCCAGCAAAGGUUUGGAUUUAAAUCUUAAAAUAGCUAGUGGGUCAUGUCGUUCUCUAACAAAUGUGACUUCGACCUUAGAUUAUGUGCAAUAUGCUGGUGAAGGAAGAAGUUUAAGGAAUAGGCGGCCUUCUGGAAGUGAUGUUGGUGAUCUUGAAGCUUCUUAUGAAUCACAAGGCCCCAAUGUACGCAAGCGCAGGUUAGAUGAUGGUGCAACCAGAGCUGACAAGCCACCACUAAGCAUGCAACAGGCUGAUAGUGCUGAAAGAACUGUAGUUGACCGUGAUAAUAAUGAAAUCACUGGUGGUCAACAGUUUUCAGCUGGCCCAUCAAAGCGUUCCCGUGAUACUAAUCGUUUGGAAACACUCCAGUUUUCAAUAAGAAAUAAUUCUGGCGCUGUACCCAGCUAUUCAAUGGAUAUUCAAACAGAAGCAGAGGAAAACACAGUUAAUCAGUUGAACCCAGAAAAGGAUCAUGUUAACAACAUGCCAUCUGCCAGAGACUCAACUCAUGCAUCUUCUGUUAUUGCGAUGAAUAUGGUUUAUCACCACUCAGAUGAUGAAUCAAUGGAAAGUGUUGAAAAUUCUCCCCGAGAUGUUAAUGAUGUCAAUUUCCCUUCUGUUGAUUUGAAUGAAACAUCAGAGUUGAAUAGCAGCUAUCAAGCACAACAGAGUGCUUGUAUCCAACCACCUUUAGAAAGAGCUGGAGGGGAAACAGGUCUUAGCAGUUCAAAUGCAUGUGGGGAAGUUUUGAACACAGAGACAUUGACUGCACAGGCUCGGGAUGGUCCUAGUUUUGGUAUUAGUGGUGGAAGUGUUGGCAUGGGUGCAAGUCACGAGGCUGAAAUCCAUGGGACUGAUGUCUCAGUUCAUCGAGGUGAUAGUUUGGGAGAUGUUGAGCCAGUUGCUGAAGUGAUUGAAAAUCAAGGCCAAGCUAGUGUAGUUGCGCCACAUCAUGGACACAUUGGUAAUUUUGUGCCAGCGGAAACGAGUCGAGAAGAUCCUCAAGGGGAUAGUCAGGCUGUGAUAUCUCAGUCUACAGCAAGGGCUGAUAGUGGCUCAAAAACUGUAGUUUCAACCAAGGUUGAGUCUGUUGAAAGCGGUGAAAAGACCAGUUGUAGCAUGGAGAUGCCAGGCCUUGAAAAUGGUGCUCAUCCGUCCCUUUCUUGCAAUGCUGUUGUAUGUUCUGCCUAUGAGUUGUCCAAGGAAGAAGUUACUCAGACUGGGAAGGCAUCUUAUAAUGGUGAUAGUGCCUAUUAUGAAUCAGGCCAACGAGAUGCCAGUGCUAUGGGGACUCCUUACAGAGACAACAGUAGUGAACGCAUUGAAUUUGAUCCAAUCAAAUUACAUAAUGACUACUGUCCUUGGGUGAAUGGAGAUGUUGCGGCUGCUGGCUAUGAUAGUCCUUGUUCCACUUCUGAUGUGGCUAGUGCCGCUCUUUGUGGUUGGCAGCUGACUUUGGAAGCCCUGGAUUCUUUCCAGUCACUUGGGCAUCUUCCAGUGCAAACUCUGGAAUCUGAGUCGGCAGCAUCCAUGUGCAAGGGUGACUGGUUCACUUCCAGCCAGAAAUUGUUAGCGCGCAACUCCUAUGUAAGAAACCGAGGAAGAAACUAAGACCUCCAGAAAGUUGUCAGAAGUUUCAUUUCAGGCGAGCUGUUUCUCCAGAAUGAGUAUUACUCCCAUAUCCCAAUUAGUGUUAUUAUGUUUUUAAUUGAAUGUCUGUCCAAUCUCUCUCUCUCUUUUUUUUUUUUUUUUAAUAUCAGUUUUGUUGCCAUAAUAUUUUCGGUUAUUCUAUUGGAUUUUGAUUUGGUUUUUACUAGUUUAAUAAAAGUACCAUUGGAUCAAAAGCUGUAUUGACAUAUAGAAAUUGAUAUUGGAUGAUGGAAAAUGAUAGCGAGUGAUUCAGUAA